AUGGCACCUCUUGUUCCCGUUUUCUCCGCGGAUACCCUCCCCGACCAUGUCAACAUCGUGCGCCGCAAUUUCAUAGAGAAGAAACGCAAGGGCGAACAGAUUGAUUUAAAAGAAUGCGCACUUAUGGAGAUGGUGCAGUAUUCUUGUAAUCCGCCACAGGAGGAGAUACCGAAACCAGGCGUCGUGGUCUGCAAGCCUAUCGUGCGACUAUUUCGAAAAUGCGCCGGUGGAUUGACGGUAGAGACAACAUCGUGGGAGCCCUUGAGGCAAGCUGAAGAGGCGAAGGCAAAGGCGAAGCUCGAGCAGUCUUCCACAUAA